GGGAGCAGUUUCAUGGCCUCGGGUCUAUGUACUGCAGAGGAGCAGCUGCUGUGAUCCUCACGUAUGAUGUGAACAGCCUCCAAAGCCUGACGGAGCUGGAAGAGAGAUUCUUGGCACUGACGGAUAGUGCGAGUGCUGACUGCAUUUUUGCUAUUGUUGGAAAUAAAGUUGACCUCACUGAUGACUGUGCUUUACCACCGGAUGAAAAUAGACCUGAGAAGCCGGUUGCCAGCUGUGGCUCGAAGGUGCGAAAACAAGUCCGUGCAGAGGAUGCAAUUGCGCUCUAUAAAAAGAUACUGAAAUACAAAAUGCUAGAUGAGAAGGAUGUUCCAGCAGCUGAGAAAAUGUGCUUUGAGACCAGUGCAAAAACAGGAUACAAGGUGGACUACCUCUUUGAAACUGUGUUUGAGAUGGUAGUCCCAAUAAUUGUCCGACAGAAAGCUGAGGGGCCACCGCAAACUGUAGACAUUACUGACUACAAGCCAGCAAAAAGGACAAAAUCUGGUUGUUGUGCCUGAACCAUUGACGUGACGUAGGAAAAGGGGAGGGAUUGUUCGCUCCAGCAAACUGAGGAAUACGAAGUGCUUGCAGUUCACCAGAAAGGAAAAGUCAAACAAUGAACAGAUGAAAU